AGUAUAAAUAAAUCUCUCCCGUACUGUUCAUGAAGCGAAAUCACAGGACAACUGCAGAAGCUACUGCUGUCAUCUGCGAAGAAGUUCGCCAUGAAGCCUGUUAUGUGGCUCACGCCCUUCGCCCUUACAGCGUUAACGUGCGCCGCCAUAGUUGUUCCCGCCAGUGAGGUUAGGGCAUCAGCAUCAUUUCAAGAAAACAAAGAAGCCAUAGUAAAAGCAGGCAGGAAACUAGAAACUCUAGGGAAUGUUCUGCAGGGGAAAGUUCCUGAAAGCAACGCCGACGCACUGCGAGAUCUGACUGACGCACUCGAAGCCCUCGCCGCUGGAGGCAAUGCUUUGGAUAAAGAGUCGUCCGAAUACUGGGUUGGCGUCAUCAUUCGUGGAAUAGCCGGGGGUGCAGUCGCCCACGGCAUUGACAAGUGGAAGAAGAGGAAGGGAUAAUAAAUAACAUCCGAGAUUUUCUGAAAAUAAACUGUGUUCACAUCUGU